AAACAGAGAUUGUCUAACUAUAAGAUAUGCAACUAGCACCAUCUUUAGGCUCUCAAACCUCCCAACUUGCCUCUUGACAAGAUGAUGAAAACUUUCCUGAUUAAGACAACAAUUUCUCUGUUUUUGAUAUCAGUAACGUUUCCUCAAGAUUCAGAAGCGGCGACAGGGGUAUGGUGUGUAGCCGAUCCACAGAUACCAGAAAAGGUGUUGCAAGCAGCCUUAGACUGGGCUUGUCAACAAGGCGGAGCAGACUGUAGUCUGAUUCAUCCUAGCCAGCCUUGCUUCUUGCCCAACACUGUCAAGGACCAUGCCUCUGUUGUCUUCAAUUCUUAUUACCAGCAUUACAAACGCAAAGGCGGUUCUUGUUACUUCCACAGCGCUGCGCUGAUCACCCUAACUGACCCUAGUCACGGUUCUUGCCACUUUGAGUAUAUCCCCUGAUUCUAAGGAAAGAACCAAGAUGCAAUAAAAGCACUUUCUGCAGCUAAUGAAACAGCAUAUGUACUAAUGUAGGACAUUGAUAAGAUG